AUGACUUUGGACGACAGUACAUUUGAUAUUCUAGGCGUCGACUCCCCAGAUCUCGCUUCGCUGGCCGUGUGGGAUCUUUCAUCCCUCUCUGAUCAUACAUCAACCCCGGAUAGUGGCCGACGCAGUACCACCACCAGCUAUGACUCAAAAAGGGGAGGUCGUCACAAGACGCGCACUCUCGCACCAAAUCUAACGCGACGCUCCCACAAAAAGUCCCGUGGUGGUUGUUACAGCUGCAAAAGCAGAAAGAUCAAAUGUGGAGAGCAGAAGCCUGCCUGUGGGAGCUGUCUCAUGAAGGGUAUUACUUGCGUCUAUCCAGCUACCGAACAACCUCAGCGAAAAUCUAAUCUACCGUUGAUAAAGCGAAAUCCAAAUGUUUCGCCAUCAUUUUGCGGCGCGAGUUUCUCCUUGCUCGACAUGCGCUUUUUCCAUCAUUUUCUCACCAUUGCCUAUCCUCAUCUACCCGUCGACAAUGAUCACGUCUGGGUCAAUGAGAUCCCUCAAUUUGCUGAGCAGCACGAAUACUUGAUGCACGCAAUUCUUUCUCUUGGAGCGUCCCAUCUUUCGCGACUGACAGGAGUCGACUACCGUCGCGAGUCCUUAGUGCAUCGAGGCCAGGCGAUCAGUGGACUCAACACGGCCUUAUCUCAGGUUUCUAGGGUAUAUGGGGAAAGCGACGCAAUGCUAGCCUCUUGCUAUGCACUCACAUUCCAAGCCUCAUAUAUGGGCGAUGGGUUGACAGAUUUUAUCACGAUGGUGAGAGGAUGUGCUCUUACCACAGAGAAGAUUCGGCAAGAUCACUCACCUACCGCCUUCAACUUGCAACCAGAGUGGCAUUUCAAAUAUAUGGCACCGAGACUCAUGAGCCUGCCGAGUGUAGACCCAAUCCUCCUGGAAGAAGGUUACAAUGCGCUAGAAAACAUUCGUCCAUACAUCACCACAGACACAGAAAUCGAUUUCCAUGCCGCACUGGUUGAUGUUGUUGCCUCGCUCCAGGCGUCUCCUGCAUCGGGGUACCUUCAAUUUGUCGGCGUCUAUGGUGUAUGGUACGAACUAUGCCACGACGCAUUCAAGACAUUCCUCGACCCUAAUAACCUCAUGGCGCAGCUCCUGCUUGCCUACUUCGUCGGCGUACAGCUAUUGAUGGUCCCACUCGCCGCAGCCGAGUAUCCCAACCGCGCCGACGUCUCGCGCGUGCGCGUCCUGUUUGGGACCAUCGAGUGGGCGGAGGGUAUUUUCGAGCGCUUGGAAGCCAGCAAUUCCGAGCUCAAGUGCCAUCUCGAAUGGCCGAAGAACAUCGCACGAACCGUCGUGGCCGAGAUCAAUGGCGAUGUGCUACACCUCCCUCCGGUCUUGCAAUUGCACCUCGCCAGUCCGGAAAUAUCUCCUCAGACAACCAUGUUAGGCGGUAUCCCGUGA